UGCCUCACUGCCUAUGCUGAACACCAACCUCCCCCUCCCUGCUCCCUUCUUUUCACACAACAACAUGUAGGCUACUCUAAACUGUGUAAAGAUCAAAGUCGGGUUCUGAUUGAUGUUCCAACACUUAACACACACACACACAUACACACCUCUGUCUUCUUCCAUAUGGGAGGGAAUGGUAUAGGGGAUAGCUGUCCUAAUCACAUCUCAAGUGCAUAUCACAGAGUUCGAGUUUGGAGUAAAUCAGAGAGGAAUUAACAACAAGAGCACUGACUGGAGCUCCAAGGCCAUGUAUCUGCAUGAGGAGAGGCUGCUGUGUGGUGACUACCCACUUAACUCUCAGCCCAGGAACUAUGGCUAUUGUCCACCAGAUUGUAAAGAUGCGGUUCGGCGGGGCCAGUCUUGGAACAGCAGCGGUAAAGUCGGGUGUGAACCCGAGCUUUCAGCUCUUCAAGUCCGGGUGUCGCUCCAGGGUCGCGAGCUAUGGGAACAAUUUGGCGAUAUAGGAACUGAGAUGCUCAUCACCAAAACAGGAAGGCGUAUGUUUCCAAGCUGCAGAGUCACUGUGACAGGGUUGAAUCCUCAGGCAAAGUAUGUGUUGAUGAUGGACAUGGUCUCGUUUGAUGACGACAAAUACAAGUGGAGCAGGGAUCGCUGGGAAGUGAGUGGUAUGACCGAGUCACAUCUUCCCAACCGCUUCUUCAUCCACCCAGACUCUCCCUCCCUGGGGGAGAGGUGGAUGCAAUACCCCGUCUCGUUCCACAAGCUCAAACUCACCAACAACACCCUCAACUCCAGUGGCCUGGUGGUUCUUCACUCCAUGCAUAAGUACCAGCCCCGUCUGCACAUCGUCCAAUCUCCAGACCCCUACAACCCUCUGUCAGGGGGCUACCUGCGCUUUACCUUCCCCGAGGCAGCCUUCAUAGCUGUCACUGCCUACCAGAACUCAGAGAUAACAAAGCUCAAGAUAGACAACAACCCCUUUGCAAAAGGAUUUCGUGACAAUGGGCUGAACAGAAAAAGGUUCAGAGAAAAGGAAUGUCAGAGCUCCGAAAAACUAAAUGAAAGACAACUCCAGAUGGAAUUGAAAUCUUCAAAUGUAGGAUCCAGACCAGUGGAGUCAGAUGAUGAGGCUGAUGUCAUCGUCUCAAGCUCUAGCUCAGCAAAUUCUUAUGGUGCAGCAGGAUCCAGGACUGAUGACAUCACGUCUCUCUCUGCUGCACAUAACCCCUUAAUCUCUGCCUUCAUGAACUGGGGGGCUGCGUCUGCAGCCCUGCCCUGUGGCCAGGAGGGAUGGGGGGUCCAGGACACAAUGACCCACAACACCCACACAUACAACACACUUACUACCAGGCACUAUGGCAGCCCUGGGCAGCAUAACGAAGCCAGCCAUACUGGUUUAUCAAACGUUGCUUCUCCUCUCUUCCUCCCACACCCUCCACUGGGCCAGACUCACCACCUAGGGUCUGUUGGCUUCAGGAGGCCCCAGGCGCAGAGCAGGAAACCAGUGGGGCCUCACCCACCUCUCCACCGAGGAGGUCCAAGUGGUCCAGCACCAGAACUCUCCCAUAGCCACAGCCACACAUCAGACCACCAGCCUCAGCAGCAGCAGCCACAGCCUAAUCAGGCUGAGUUUGACUACCCUCUCCCCCUGCCCCCAAAGGUCAGCAGGAUGCACCUACCUGAGAGUGCCCUGCGUAGCCUGGAGAAGAGCCCCUCCCCCUCGGUGUCCGGCAGCCCUUGGUCCCUCACCGAUAUGCUCAACAGGAUCCACAGCAGGGAAGGGUUUGGGAUCAACUCAGGGAGCCCCCAGGGGAAGCUGCUCCAUGCCCAGACCCAGUAUGAGAGGCCAGGCCUGGAGCUGGGGGUGAACAAGGAGCUCCGGCCACCACAGCCCAAUCCACCACUACCUGAUGAUGAGCCAGAGUACCUGCCUCUCCACAACAUGAUGCGCUACCACCAGAACAGCUUGAUUGGUUCUGCUGGGCUGCUAAGAGACAACUAUGUGGACCCUAGAGUGCCCUCCUGCAAGUCACCUAUGCUCGACCUAUAAGUGAUCUCUUGUUCAGUAAACACAACAGGUCAGGUAGACAUGAACAUUUUCCCCCACCACUUGUGGACAUCUAGCAACAUCCCUGGGUAGACUUGAGGCAAAUUAAUAUGCAAUAUUGAGUCAUGUAUAGUUAAUUUCUCUUUGCUUUGUUAGACGUUGCAACAAAAAAAAAUCCAGAUUUUUCAGUUGUAAAAUAGGGAAGUGGUUUGCUAGGAUAAGGAACUGGGGACUCUUGCCCUGACAUUAGAUUUUUAUCAUUUGUAAGGGGAGCUAACAACUAUGCAAAAGAUUUGUAUCAUUUGUAAGGGGAGCUAACAACUAUGCAAUAGAUUUGUAUCAUUUGUAAGGGGAGCUAACAACUAUGCAAUAGAUUUGUAUCAUUUGUAAGGGGAGCUAACAACUAUGCAAUAGAUUUGUAUCAUUUGUAAGGGGAGCUAACAACUAUGCAAUAGAUUUGUAUCAUUUGUAAGGGGAGCUAACAACUAUGCAAUAGAUUUGUAUCAUUUGUAAGGGGAGCUAACAACUAUGCAAUAGAUUUGUAUCAUUUGUAAGGGGAGCUAACAACUAUGCAAUAGAUUUGUAUCAUUUGUAAGGGGAGCUAACAACUAUGCAAUAGAUUUGCAUCAUGUCUUAACCGUCAACAUGUUUCCCCACUUUCUUGGGACAUUAUAAUUAACAGUAAAUAAUGAGUGAGAUGUGAAUGCAGAAGAGCCGUGGUUAAUCAAACAUACACAAUUCUGUUUUUUUUUGUUUUGAUGUUAAGGCUGAUAACAUUAGCCAUAUCCAUACUGUAUGUGUCGUUGUCAUGCUAGACAAGUUGGCUACAGCACGUACAGCAUAAGAGUUAUGGGACGAGGAUAAUGUAACAGGCCGCUGGUAACUGAUUCUCUGAAAGAAUACUGAGGAAACUGUAUGAGGUGGCAGAAUAUUUAUUACAGGGAAGUGAAUAAUACUUUGCAACAGCAAGACUGGAGGAUAUGAGGGUCACAUGUUCACAUGCUGAAAUAUCCAUUUGGGACCAGUUUUCCAGUAGUAUGUAAUGUAACAAUCUAUAUAAAUCCAAAAUAGACAAAUUCACAUAAACACAUUUAUUAAGUCUGAAUAGGUAUUGUAUAUUUCAAUAAUGUGCAAUCUUUUUUAUAUAUAUAAAUACACUGCAUUCGGAAAGUAUUCAGACCCGGUUAUACAUGUGUGCAAAUUUACAACAAUAAAAAAACUGAAAUAUCACAU